CAAGUACUUCUUUGGUAACUUAAAUUUUUCGAUAGCUCAAAGGGUUUUUGAUUCAAAGUUGGAAAAUGUACAAAAUCGUUGACAUUAAGCUUGAAUUUGUGGACAAAUUUCAGUACACCCACCAUCCUGAAAUGUAAGGUGUUGAUAGCAGUGUGUUAAAGGGCAAAUUUACCUGAAAAUAUGAGAAUGGUGAAGUUGAUGUGAUGCUAGAGUUGGGUAGCAUAGCCUCCAGAGUAGGCAACUUCAAUCAUCUUAGGCAGCUCCAUGCACAGAUCAUCCACAACUCCCUCCACCACCACAACUACUGGGUGGCACUGCUCAUCAACCACUGCACGCGGCUCCGUGCGCCAACCCACUACACCCGCCUCCUUUUCAACUCCACCCUCAACCCCAAUGUCUUUGUCUUCACCUCCAUGCUCAGAUUCUACUCCCACCUCCAAGAUCAUGCCAAGGUGGUGCUUAUGUUUGAACAUAUGCAGGGCUGUGGUGUGAGGCCUGAUGCGUUUGUGUACCCCAUCUUGAUAAAGUCCGCAGGCAAUGGCGGAAUUGGAUUUCAUGCUCAUGUGCUGAAACUGGGUCAUGGCUCUGAUGCCUUUGUUCGGAAUGCGGUGAUUGAUAUGUAUGCCAGGUUGGGUCCAAUUGGGCAUGCCCGGAAGGUGUUUGAUGAAAUUCCUGAUUAUGAAAGGAAGGUGGCGGACUGGAAUGCCAUGGUCUCUGGGUACUGGAAGUGGGAAAGUGAAGGGCAGGCGCAGUGGCUCUUUGAUGUGAUGCCUGAGAGGAAUGUGAUUACUUGGACUGCUAUGGUUACAGGGUAUGCCAAGGUUAAGGAUUUGGAGGCUGCCAGGAGGUACUUUGACUGCAUGCCUGAGAGAAGUGUGGUGUCCUGGAAUGCAAUGCUCUCGGGUUAUGCCCAGAAUGGGCUUGCAGAGGAAGCGUUGAGGCUGUUUGAUGAGAUGGUGAAUGCAGGGAUCGAACCUGAUGAGACGACGUGGGUCACUGUCAUUUCUGCAUGUUCAUCGCGCGGGGAUCCUUGCCUCGCAGCCUCACUUGUCAGGACGCUCCAUCAGAAGCGGAUUCAAUUGAAUUGCUUUGUCAGGACAGCAUUGCUUGACAUGUAUGCGAAGUGUGGGAGCAUUGGGGCUGCUAGGAGGAUUUUCGAUGAGCUGGGUGCGUACAGGAAUUCAGUAACUUGGAAUGCUAUGAUUUCUGCAUAUACGCGAGUUGGCGAUUUGGAUUCAGCCAGGGAGCUCUUCAACACUAUGCCUGGAAGGAAUGUUGUCACAUGGAACUCCAUGAUUGCUGGUUAUGCUCAAAAUGGGCAAUCUGCCAUGGCAAUCGAGCUUUUCAAAGAAAUGAUCACAGCCAAGAAGUUGACACCAGAUGAGGUGACCAUGGUGAGUGUUAUUUCAGCUUGUGGCCAUCUUGGAGCGUUGGAACUGGGCAAUUGGGUUGUGAGAUUCCUAACUGAAAACCAGAUCAAGUUGAGCAUAUCAGGACACAAUGCCAUGAUUUUCAUGUACUCUAGAUGUGGGAGCAUGGAAGAUGCCAAGAGGGUUUUCCAGGAAAUGGCAACAAGAGAUGUGGUUUCCUACAACACGCUGAUCUCGGGCUUUGCAGCUCAUGGCCAUGGAAUGGAAGCCAUCAACCUAAUGUCCACCAUGAAAGAAGGCGGCAUUGAACCAGACCGGGUAACAUUUAUUGGAGUCCUAACAGCAUGCAGUCAUGCAGGAUUACUAGAAGAAGGCAGAAAGGUCUUUGAGUCCAUCAAGGAUCCAGCUAUAGAUCACUAUGCAUGCAUGGUUGAUCUGUUAGGCAGAGUGGGUGAACUAGAAGAUGCAAAAAGAACGAUGGAAAGGAUGCCAAUGGAGCCGCAUGCAGGAGUUUAUGGGUCUCUCCUAAAUGCUAGCCGCAUCCAUAAACAAGUUGAACUUGGGGAGCUAGCUGCUAACAAGCUGUUUGAGCUCGAACCUGACAAUUCAGGAAACUUCAUUCUCCUCUCAAACAUAUAUGCUUCAGCAGGGAGGUGGAAGGAUGUUGAGAGGAUCAGAGAAGCAAUGAAGAAAGGAGGAGUGAAGAAGACAACUGGAUGGAGUUGGGUGGAAUAUGGCGGUAAGCUGCAUAAGUUCAUAGUAGCAGACAGGUCCCAUGAAAGAUCAGAUGAUAUUUACCAGCUACUGAUAGAACUAAGGAAAAAGAUGAGGGAGGCUGGGUACAUAGCUGAUAAGAGUUGUGUGCUGAGGGAUGUUGAGGAGGAAGAGAAGGAAGAGAUAGUGGGGACUCAUAGUGAAAAAUUGGCUAUUUGCUAUGCUCUUCUAGUGAGUGAAGCAGGAGCAGUGAUAAGGGUGGUGAAGAACCUCAGGGUGUGUUGGGAUUGCCACACUGCUAUUAAGAUGAUAUCAAAGUUGGAGGGAAGAGUAAUCAUUGUGAGGGAUAAUAACAGGUUUCACUGCUUCAAUGAUGGACUAUGCUCUUGCAAGGACUAUUGGUAAUAAGCAUAAUGACAGGUUCUUUGCUAUUGUGUUUUGUUUGGAUAGGCAAAUAAGACACCCUCGUAGAAGGGAAGUAUAGAAAGAGCCCAAAGG